AUGGCCACUAAGAAUGGCAAUUUCCAUCCACCCACAGGACCAGCAUACCCAUCUGCGCUGAGACGGGAGCCUCCAAAUCGAUCUCAGAACGAACCCUUUGUAGAUUCCUUCUACCCACCACGACAGGCGCCUCUUGUUACCCAACACAGACGAGAUGUUAUCCCACCAUGGCAAGUUCCCACCGUUCCCGCAAGCAAGAGCUCUGCUCAGCUCCAGUUCGAGAGUGGUCAAGCACCGAAUGGUGACUAUCAGCUCGCGUCGACCUGGAAACAGCAUCGGGUUAUGGCGUGGAGUGGCAACAGGGCGACUCAUCCACUUCAAGUACUCCGAGAAAUCAUGGCGAAAACCGGAUCCUUCAUAAAACACCCAAAGGACGAAGAGGAUAGGCUCUUCAUCUGGGGUGAACCCCAUCAGGUCGCCGAUACCAAGGCCGCGGUGGCGCGGUGGGAACGCGAUGUCCUGGAAUCGCCCGCAGAGCCGAGACCGAUUGCCUGGGCCAAAUACAAUGCACUUGAUGGCAGAGCCGAAAAUCGAGCUGACCGACAGGAUCGCCAGAAAGCACUCGACCAGAUACUCCGUGAGGCGCAAAUUGACUUCCCGGUCGAGGCUGCUCUCCUGUGGCCGAAAGACAUGGACCUUGAACAAUUUGAAACAGGCAACGCUGAAGUCCUUGAUCAACUUAGAAGCAAGUUCGGCUGUCGCAUCGCGUUUCCUUUGACCGAGCCGCCACAUAUAUUGAUCGGAGCCCAGUCCAAAAAGGACGCUCAUGCCAUAAUGACGAGGAUGGCGAAUCUGAUCAAGGAGAAUAUCUCUGCGAGAGAUUAUCUCCGGACGCUCAACCUUGUGCAUCUCCCCGAUCACGAGGUUUGCAGAGAUGAGGUGGCACUUCAAGACAUCGACCCAAAAUCGGGUACCUAUUUACCCACUCUGCACGGCACUCCACCAGCCGAAGAGGAGAAAUGGGAUCAAAAGAGACGCCAAGCUCAUACUCACAAUCGCAAAGAAAUCAAAAAGGCGAUUGAUUCUUCCAUCAAGGGGCUUAGGCUCUCACAGCAGCACGUACGCAUGAGGGUGGCCUUUGGCGAGUUAGGAUUCGUGCGCUUUCAGAAACCAACCGACGGGGCCGAGCGCUACGGGUUUGGCGAAUUCUACGACAUGGUCACAAAAGGGCGGAUCAAAUUGACUUUGAACGGUAUCCCGGUCCGGCAAGCUCAAGCUGCGGAUCUUCCAGAUGUACUCGAAUCAAUGGGCGUGUUCUCGGAGCGUACGGAAUACUACGGAGCCUUCUUUGACUUCCAAGGGACAUCACCAAACACCAUCCUUCGGCUUGAGACUAUUUUCUACCCAAGUGGCACAGACGAGACGGAGAGCCGGGAGAAGCGAUGGAUAGAGUUGGGUGACACGGUCUCAAGACUUCAAGUCAGCCUCAUCGAUUUUGAGAGACCUGAUUAUCAAAUCACCCUUGAUGCCUUUCCCCUUCGCAACGACAAGACCACCAAAGUACACAUGUCCUCAUUCCAGGCCAAUGUCACUAUGGAGCGUCCGAUGGACGGUAUCAAGUCACUCGCACGGCGACGAGCCAAGUAUCCACCCGGCCAGCGCAAACUGCAACGUGUUGCAGAGCUGGUCACGUUGAGAUGGCGAUUCAAAAAUACGGACGGCGUCUUCGAACUUCGCCGCAAGGACGUUUACGAUGAACUACCAGGUCGAGAGAACCAGGUCCCGGUCGAGACCAGGUGGCACGCCCUGUACUACUAUCCGCACUGGGACAACCUCAUGGGAGAAUUUGCGAGUGUCAAGCCCGGCGAAGACGUCCGCUGGGUCAAGUCCGUGGCAACAUUCAUCCCUGAAGGCGGAGAUCAGUACGGGCCUGCACUGCCAAAAGGGUUCAAGAAUUUCAUGGGCGAAGUUGAGGAGAUCCAGGAUCAUCUGGCAGCGGCCAUUCGUCGUCUGGAGAACGGCAAGGGAAAGGAAAAGGCUACAGAACUGAAUUGA